CCAGGGGCUUUUGUUAAUUUUUUGGGUAUAGGAGAUGCUGAAAAUAUUUUUUUUAAUUUUUGCUGAACUACAACGACUGAGGGGAUAUUAAACUUUGUGUGGUGAGGCACAGAAUAUAGUGUGUCGUGGACUUUAAUGAGCGUCGUGUGUCUGAAAAGUGUCUUGUUUGUGGAGGCACAUCAGCUCCUCGCUAAGCUAGCGUUAGCCGCUGUCCAGAUUGGAGUCGCAGGAAUGCCUGACGAAAACUGGAAAAAAAAAAAGCUGUAUCUACAGGUUCUUCCUGGAAUCGUGUUGCUGCAGUUAAGGAUGUCUGACUGAUGUUAAAAUAGCAGGAACAGUUUGGUGGUGUUUUUUUUUUUUUUAACUUAACGUUCCAUCGAGCUUCUUUCCCUCCAGUAGGGAUACAUCAUUUAAAAUGGCGGAAGACUGGUCCGUUCCUGCGGCCCUCGUCUUCGUGCUUUUAACUUUCAGUGCCUGGGCCCUUGAGUCUUGUCCGACUCCGUGUUCAUGUUCAGGAAGACCAGACGAGGUCCACAUUCUGGACUGUAACAGGAAAAGGCUGUCCGCAGCUCCAUCGGAUCCACCAGAUGGGAUAACGCAAGUGACCAUGAAUCACAAUGAGCUGACUAGUCUUCCCUUUCUUGGAGAUGUUUCCGCCAACAUCACUUCGCUGUCAUUAGUCCACAAUCAGAUUUUGGAGUUGCUCAUGCACCAGCUGCAGCCAUAUAUCUCCUUGGAGACACUGGACCUGACGUCCAACUCCAUCUCUGAGCUCAAAGUUGGAUCGUUCCCUUCCAUGCAGCUAAAAUAUCUAAAUUUGAGUAAUAACAAGAUCAGCAUUCUUGAGCCUGGCUGCCUGGACAACAUCUCCAGCACUCUACUGAUGCUGAAGCUUAACAGGAACAGAUUAGUAGUGCUGCCUGCCAAAGUCUUUAGGCUUCCUCAACUGCAGUUCCUUGAAAUGAAGCGCAACAAGAUCAAGAUAGUAGACAGUCUGACCUUCAAAGGGAUGGAUGCACUGAAGUCACUGAAGAUGCAGAGGAAUGGCAUCACUAAGCUCAUGGACGGAGCCUUCUUUGGACUUAACAACAUGGAAGAACUAGAGCUGGAACACAACAACCUAACAGAGGUCAACAAAGGUUGGCUGUAUGGCCUGCGCAUGCUGCGUGUCCUGCGGGUCAACCAGAAUGCUAUUGGCAUCAUCCGACCAGACGCCUGGGAGUUCUGCCAAAAGCUGGAGGAACUAGACCUAUCAUUCAAUCGUCUGACUCGACUGGAGGAGACAGCUUUUGUUGGAUUAGGUCUCUUGGUGAGCUUGAACCUCGGAGAGAACUCUAUCAUCCAUUUGGGAGAGGGAGUGUUCAGUAGCUUGAUAAGUCUACGCAUGCUAGAUAUCCGCAAUAAUGAAAUCUCUUGGGCCAUUGAAGAUACAAUUGGUGUGUUUGAGGGAAUGAAGAAGCUGAACACACUAAUCCUACAGAGGAAUAAAAUUAAAUCUAUCACAAAGAAAGCGUUUGAAGGCCUGAUGGAGCUGGAGCACCUGGAUCUCAGCAAGAAUGGCAUCAUGUCUAUACACCCUGAAGCAUUUUCCCACAUGAAGCUCAAAGUGCUGGAGCUGAACACCAGCAGUUUGCUGUGUGACUGUCACUUGCAGUGGCUGGGUCAGUGGCUGAUUGACAGCCAUUUCCAGCUGUCUGCCUCUGUUGUCUGUGCCCAUCCUGCCAACUUACUUGGUCGCAGUGUUUUGUCCAUCAGCCCAGAUGAGUUUGUUUGUGAUGACUUUCCCAAACCGUGGAUUACCACCCACCCAGAGACAACUGUUGCACUACGAGGAAAUAAUGUGACUCUGAGUUGCAUUGCAUCGAGCAGCAGUGAUUCGCGGAUGACCACAGCAUGGAGGAAGGAUGGAGAAGUGCUAUAUGAUGCAGAAAUACAAAACUAUGCCAGAUAUCAGGAAGGAGAGCUGAUCUACACCACUGUACUUCACCUCCUCAAUGUCAACUUCACUGACGAGGGGCGCUAUCAAUGUGUGGUUUCCAAUCACUUUGGGUCCAACUACUCUAACAGGGCCAAGCUUACUGUCAAUGAACUGCCGUCUUUUCUUAAGACACCCAUGGAUCUCACAAUCCGGACUGGCACCAUGGCCAGGCUGGAGUGUGCUGCUGAAGGCCAUCCAUCACCCCAGAUUGCUUGGCAGAAAGACGGAGGCACAGACUUCCCUGCCGCCCGAGAGCGCCGAAUGCAUGUGAUGCCAGACGAUGACAUCUUUUUCAUUGCUAACGUGAAGACUGAAGACAUGGGCGUGUACAGCUGCACGGCUCAAAAUGCAGCUGGCAGCCUAUCGGCGAAUGCUACUCUCACUGUACUGGAAACACCAUCCUUCAUGAGACCACUUGAAGACAAAACAGUUGCUCGUGGAGAAACCGCCGUGCUUCAGUGCAUUGCCGGAGGCAGCCCAGCCCCUCGUCUCAACUGGACCAAAGAUGAUGGACCUCUGGUACUGACGGAACGCCACUUCUUUGCUGCAGCAAACCAGCUCCUUAUUAUUGUGGAUGCCGGCCCCGCUGACGCUGGCAAAUACACCUGCAUCAUGUCUAACACACUGGGCACAGAGCGAGGCCACAUCUACCUGAGUGUGUCACCAUCUCCAAACUGCGAUACCAGUGGGGGGUACGACCAGGACGGCUGGACGACUGUGGGCAUCGUUGUGAUUGUGGUAGUGUGCUGUGUGGUUGGAACCUCUUUGGUGUGGGUCAUUGUCAUCUACCACAUGCGAAGGAAGAGUGAGGACUACAGCAUCACCAACACUGAUGAGAUGAAUUUGCCAGCAGAUAUCCCCAGCUACUUGUCCUCUCAGGGUACUUUGUCAGAGCCUCCAGAAGGCUACAGUAACUCUGAGGCCGGCAGCCACCAACAGCUCAUGCCAUCACUCUCCAAUGAAUACGCCCAUAAAGGCACAGAUGUGUAUUCCUCAGGUGUGUGUUAUGGAGACACAGGCAGUGAGGUGGAAACGGAGGGCAGUGGUGUGCUGCAUUGUAGGGUCGGCUCUUUGUUUCCUGGCCACAGCAGCUUCCAGCCUGGGGACCCCCGGGACGGACUGACAGGAGUUUCCACAGGUGGUGAUGGUCCUCUUGUCAUUUGCUCGGACUGCUAUGAUAAUGCCAACAUCUAUUCUCGCACACGAGAUUAUUACUCAUACGCCUAUCUGGGAGACGACGAUCCGCUGGACAAGACUUUACCGGGCCUGAAGGAGACCUUCAGUGAACAUGCACAGCAUGGGGACGCGGCUCUGAAGAGCCUCAUUAGCAACCAGGACUCCUCCAUCUUUCUCACCUUGCAUAACAACAGGUUGAGCAGCCACACUUCCCUGGAGUGUUUUACUAAUGAUUCUCUUCCAACUUUAUGGGGAGAUGAGGAGGAGCCACCAACAAAGCGUCAACAAGGUACCUGCCAACACCUAGUGACUGUACACAGGACGCCUCCUCUCACCUCCAGUGCUGACGGGCCAGAGGUGGAAGAGAUAGACUGUUUUGCUGGACAGUGUAUGCAGGAACACAGAAGUGCUUCUAAUAGGACUAACCCUCAGGAGCAUCCUGCUCCCUCAUAAGUCCUAACACCCUGCCCCUGGCUCCUCCAUGCUGCACCUCUCCCUUCGCCCACUACCUCCACAGAGGCUCCACAAAUUCUGCCAAAGAUGCUCUCUUCAGAGAUUAAGGUUUUUCAAGAAUUACCAUAUUUUCUAGACUAUAUGUGCCGUGGCACUGGCAUCUUGGUCUCAUGUAUCCAGAAUUGAGUGUUGAAGAGGAAAAAAGCAUAUAUGCCGCUCCAUCCUAUAAGUUGCAUUUAUUUUUGAAACAUGGUCUUCGUGCUUCAUACUACAAAAAGCAAAAAUGAAUUUACUCCGCACAUUAGUUAUUUAUAAAGCAAACACCGUGUUAGUGAGCAGAAGCCAGCGGGCAAAUUAAUGAUGUUGUAGGAGGCACAAAAAACUGAAGUGAACUACGUCUCGUUGCCACUGAACAUGAAACAUUUGAAAACUCCUAUACAUUUUUAAAAUAGCAAAAAGGUCAGCCUUACCUUGGCAUUCUAGCAUUCCCUCCUUGCUCUUCCCUGUCCUACACAGUGCAAACUGGAGUGUCAGGUAGUAUGAAGGGUUUAUUUUCUAUCUUUUUUCAAGAGCAUGGUGUUUCAGUUUGAGAGCUUGGAUUGUUAAUUUCAGUCAUUCUCUAAAACCAGCAUGUCCUCCUCAUUUAGAACUUCAUGUUUUUACAGUGGUUGGAAUCCAGUUUACUGCUCUGUACUGUGAAUCACUGUGCCUCUUCUAGAUCAGCAUACAAGAACAGCUUGUCGCUCAUGCAGAUUAUCUUGCGACAAUAGAUGAUAAUCCAGUAUUUAUUCAUGUACAAGUCCCUUCAAAAUAGUUACAGGAGCAGCAGCAACAACAAAAAGCAACUUAUAGUCUGGAAAAUACGGCCCUGGAUUUCCAGAUGUGGAGCAUACCGCUACUAAACCUGGAUAUUAUGUUGACAUGUUACAUUUGGCUGAAAAGUUGUAUAAAGGAAAAUGCUAACUAUCGUUAGCGCAUACAUUCAUACAUUAGCAAUUAGUGUUACCACAUGCACUUACACUAGCCGUUG